CCAGCAGGCCGGUGUGGUUUGCGACAGGCCGUGUUUCGUAGCGUAGCAGAAGCAGCGGCGUUCGGCAGAUGCAUGCGGUGUUCAAAUAUAGCUUCAACCCUUCAGAGAUGCUCACCGGGUGAGAACCAGCCACCGAUCGUCGGGGCCGUCACAUUUACGUCCUCCCGCCUGUUAAACAGCACAUGCACCUGUUAUGCAACAUGCAGCCCUGCAGUUACUGGAAGAGUCCUGUGUCCGGGCCUUCCUGAACCCAGGGCUUUGCCAAGCCCACCGAUGCCCGUCAUCCCCAUUCCACGGAGGGUUCGUUCCUUCCAUGGCCCUCACACCACCUGCAUGCACUCCGCCUGCGGGCCGGCGAGCACCGCCCAGCUCGUACGCACCAAGUACAACAACUUUGACCUCUACCUGAAGUCGCGAUGGAUGUAUAGUUUCGUCCGCUUCCUCCUUUAUUUCGGCUGCAGCCUUUUCACCUCCCUCCUCUGGGCAGCGCUGUCGGCCCUCUUCUGUCUGCAGUACGUCAGCGUGCGGAUAUUCCUCCGUCUCCAGUACAAGCUGUCUGUCAUUCUCCUGCUGUUGGGUCACCGCCGGCUGGACUUUGGCAUCCUCAAUGAUCUCUUCAUAUACAGCAUGCACCUCACCAUGUUUCUGAUUGGAGGGCUGGGAUGGUGUUUCAUGGCGUUUGUAGAUAUGUAA